AUGAGGAGCCUGCCAUUCUCCUGCUGUGGCCAGGUGGUGUAUGGCUUCAGCCGCAGCCUCACAGCCAAUUUUCCUGAGCAAGUAGUAGACAGUCUUCCGGCUGAUAUAUCUACUGGCAUUUAUUAUGGUUGGGCCAGUGUCGGGAGUGGAGCCGUCCAUAAAAUGGUCGUGAGCAUAGGAUGGAACACAUACUACAAGAGUGUGAAAAAGUCCAUGGAAAGCCACAUCAUCCACACCUUCAAAGAGGUCUUCUAUGGGGAAAUUCUCGAUGUGGCCAUUGUUGGCUACCUCAGACCAGAAAACAACUUUGAUUGUUUAGAGUCACUUAUUUCAGCAAUUCAGGGUGACAUUGAAGAAGCAAAAAAGCAACUGGAUUUACCAGAACACUUAAAAUUUCUUUCAAGUUCCUAA